CUGGCCCCGCCCCUCCGCCGGGAGCGCCGAUGGACUCGAUGCGCGGGGGCGCAGCUGCGGCGGAGCGGCGACGCCGGACCCUGGCUGCCCGCUGCCCUGGUCACUCCGCCGAGCCCCGAGGGCUGCCCGGAGCGCCCCCCGGAGCACACGCAGGGGCAGGUAACUGACUCUCCUGGGGAAGCAGACGGGGUGCUCCCCAAGUUAAGAAACAUGCCUCCCAAGUUCAAGCGCCACCUGAACGAUGACGACGUCACUGGAUCCGUGAAGAGCGAAAGGAGGAAUCUUCUGGAAGAUGACUCAGAUGAAGAAGAGGACUUUUUCCUGAGGGGGCCUUCUGGACCAAGAUUCGGACCCAGGAAUGAUAAGAUCAAGCAUGUUCAGAAUCAGGUGGACGAAGUCAUCGAUGUCAUGCAAGAAAAUAUCACGAAGGUCAUCGAAAGGGGGGAGAGAUUGGAUGAACUCCAGGACAAGUCAGAGAGCUUAUCGGAUAACGCAGCUGCUUUCAGCAACAGAUCCAAACAGCUUCGACGACACAUGUGGUGGCGUGGAUGCAAGAUAAAAGCUAUCAUGGCUUUGGUCGCCGUGACCCUUUUGCUAGUGAUCAUCAUUCUUAUAUUUGUGAAGUACCGCACCUGACUUGAUGUCUGUUGAACCCAGGGCAGUAACGAAAGAUGGCACCGUGUACAGAACCUUUGAGACUCCCCCCCACCCCACCCCAGAGCGUGAGGCAAGCGUCACUUCAAAUGGGAGCACCGGAAAUGUCCACUUCCCCUCCCGCCCAACAAAACGUGCUUUUCAUAAUUUUUUGAAGCAGAUAACCCCAACCUCUCUUUUGCCACACCCCAAGGAGCUCUUUGGAAGCGACAUGCUUGCCAGCGCGUUAUUCGUGUAUAUAGUUAAACACUGAUAAUGAGAUUUCAUACUGUGAUUUCAGCGACGUCAGGACUUGCAUUAUUGCAUCUCUGGUGGGGCAGCCGAUGGGAGAAGUGUUCACGCUCUCCAGCAAAAGGAGAUUGCAGAACCCCCCUGACAGUAUUUGCAAGAUUCUCCUCACAUUAUAAUUGCUUUGCAAUUUCCACAUGUUUAUGGAUGUAACCAAAACCAAGUGUUGUCAAUGUGGCUACCUUCAGCUCUUACUUAAAAACAUUCCAGUAAACCUAUUUUUGACCGUA